CCACUUACUGACUAUAUUCACAGUUGAAAAAAAAUUAUCUUUUUGAUAACAACCUUUACAAUUGUCUUUCCACAUACAUAAAUCAAUCUCUAUUCUUAACAAGUAUUAUUUUCAAUUAGUUUAAUUCGCUCUUCAGAAUAUUUACUUGAUGUUUUAGGGAAUGACAUUUAAAAUGUUUAACAAAGGAAUAAUAUUUGUACUUAUCACUACCAUCAGUUUCCAGCUAUCUGAAGCUUAUAGCUUAAAGGAACAAGUGGGAGUUAGUGAUGUCGGAGAUCCCCUCAUACUCACCCCUUAUAUCGAACAAGGUAAAAUAUCAGAGGCUCUGGAAAAAUCUGCUGUUACCUUCGAAAAUUUUACACGCAAUGGACUUACAAGUUAUUCAGGUUAUUUUACUGUAGACAAAACUUUUAAUUCGAACAUAUUCUUUUGGUUCUUCUUGUCGCAAAAUGACCCAGACAAUGAUCCAAUAAUAUUGUGGCUACAAGGAGGACCUGGUGCUUCUAGUAUCUAUGCUUUAUUUAAAGAGAAUGGACCUUAUAUAGUGGAUAAAAAUCUAGAAUUGAGCUAUAGAAACGAAACGUGGACCAAAAAUCAUUCGGUAAUUUAUAUUGAUAAUCCGGUUGGCACAGGCUUUAGUUUUACCACGGGUGGAUUUGCCGAAAAUCAGACGAAAGUCGGAGAAGAUUUGUAUAACGCUUUAAUACAGUUUUACACACUAUUUCCUAAUUUACAAGAUAACGAGUUUUAUGUAACCGGGGAAUCAUACGGGGGGAAAUAUAUUCCGGCAAUUUCGUACACAAUCAAUCAGAAAAAUCAAAACGCUAGCCUUAAAAUAAAUUUGAAAGGAUUCGCCAUUGCCAAUCCUUUAAGUGACCCAAUCAACCAAGCCGAUUAUAGUUCGUACAUGUAUUAUAACGGACUUAUUGAUUCUAACCUAGCAGCUUCCCUCAAAUCGGAACACGCAUUGUUUGUUUCUGCUAUUCAAAGUGGAGAUUAUUCACAUGCCACCGAUCUCCUAACAAAAAUUCGUAGUAAAAUUCAUACAAGUAACAGGCUGCCCAAUAUUUAUAACCAUCAAGACCUCCAAGCAGAAGAACCUGAUUUCUGGUCGGAAUAUCUUACUCUAGACAGUAUCCGGCAGGAGAUUCAUAUUGGUAAUGUUAAUUACGGAGUUCAAGAAGAUGAUGUGGUUACUCGUCUUCACGCAGAUAAAACUAAAAGUGUCGCGACUUGGAUCGAAGAGCUCCUUGGUAAUUACAGAAUCCUAUUUUACAACGGACAGGUGGACACGUUGGACCCUUAUCCGUUAAUGGUAAACUUCAUUAAAAGGCUGACCUUCAACGGGAGCAGCGAGUACAAAACGGCCACCAGAAAAAUCUGGAACGUGGACAAUGAAAUCGCCGGUUACUGGAAAGCGGGAGGAAAUCUUACUGAAGUACUCGUACGAGAUGCUGGUCAUAUGGUUCCAAUGUACCAGCCUAAAUGGACCUAUGACCUCAUAUAUAAAUUUGUUAGAAAUAUAACAUUAGAUUAAAAUAUUGACUUUUAAUAAAACUAAUAUUAUCAGAAA